AUGGGUCAGCCAGUAAGAGCUUUAAAAAAAACUUUACGCAAAGAGAUGAGUAGCCUUCUUAACCAGAUUCCUCCAGAGAAAAUUGAGGAAGAAAGUGCUAUUGUAGCAGAAAAAGUAAUGUCUUCACAACAAUAUCAGUCAAGUACAUACAUAAGUGUUUAUCUUAGUAUGCCAAAAGCCGAAAUUUCAACAAAAUCCAUAGUCUAUGAUAUAUUUAAUAAAGGGAAAAUAUGUUAUGUUCCGCGUUGGGAUGGAGAAAAUAUGGAAAUGGUUAAACUUGAGUCUUUGGAUGAUUAUUUAUCACUUAAACUAAACAAAUGGGGUAUCCAAGAACCAGACCAUGAUCAAAUUCGAGAUACUGGACUAGCAUUUGAUCUCAAUAGAAAUAGACUUGGUCACGGAAAAGGAUAUUACGACAAAUAUGUGACGAAAUGUCGACAAUGGACUAAACCACCACUAGCUAUGGCUCUAGCCUUAGAUAGUCAAAUAUUAAAAGAUAAAGAUAUUCCAGUGACUAACACUGACCAAAAACCUGAUUUCAUCAUAUCGCCUUACCAGGAUAUUGGACCACCUCGAAGAAACAAUUGGCGUGAGGAAAUGCGUAGAGUUCUUGACCCAAUUCCUUUUGAUCAAAUUAUGAGAGAAAGUGGCAUUGUAACAGAAAGAGUAAUCUCUUUACAGGAAUAUAAAGAUAGCGAACACAUAUGCAUCUACCCUAGGAAAAAAUGUUAUGUUCCAUGUUGGAGCGGAAAUAUUAAUGAAAGGAUGGAAAUAGUCAGACUUAAUUCUUGGCAAAAUUCACCACAUCCACCAGAUAACUUUGACGACGUGGGUUACCUAAAACCAGAUAAUCAACAACGAAAUAAUGCAACUAAAUUGAAUUUAAUUAUAAUACCAGGAAUAGCAUAUGAUCUUGAUGGAAAUAGACUUGGUUAUAGCAAAGAUCCUUACAAUGACUUUUUGGAGAAAUGUCGAACAUGGACUAACCCUCCAAAAAUUAAUAUUCAAAUAUUAAAAGAUGAAGUGCUUCCAGUAACCGGGGUUGAUCAAAAACCUGACUUAGUUUUAUCACCAAAUUAUAAUUUUAGGGGUAGGGAUUAA